AAUAGAAAAGUAAUGAAACUCUACACUUGAAUGCGGAUUUAUGACGAUUGAAGAACCGGCCCUAGUGCAGCGGCCAUAUAUACAUGUAUGAGUCCUCCUCCUUGACAGCCAAACUCGAAUACGAAAACCAGACCUUCAAGACGAGCAAGCACCCUCAAGCAGUCUAGCAUGGCACAGGUGCUUAUCCUAUCCGUGGUUCUGCUGCUUUUGAACAUAAGCCCUGCCCAAAGUUUGUGCGUUACUCGCCGCACUACGAGCUUUGGGUGCUGUGUAUUUCCGUUCAAGUUUCAAGGAGAAGAUCGCUACGAAUGUGACACUUAUGGUAACCACACGAGCCCCUGGUGCGCGACUUCAAGCGACUAUGACAAGAACCCGCAGGCGUGGGGGGAGUGUGCAGGUUCACAACCACGCGAAGUCUUUGAUACUAUUAUGUACGCGAACAGGCGAAGAUUCUCAGAUGGUGUCGAGCUGUUCCAAGGGGACAUCGUCCUGACACCUGAGCUCAAGUCUGACGUGUACACAUACAUGCAAUCACGGGGGGUGGCCACGCCCUGGGAUAAGAACCCUCCUCCGCGCCGAGGAGGAGGACGGAGCAAGCGAGCAGUGAUGCGAUCCAAUAGCAUGAGAUGGAUGAGCAGCGAUGGAAGAAGCGGAGAGGUGCCCUAUGAAAUCACUUACUCUAGCUAUAGCGACAGGGCCGUUAUUCUUCGCGCGAUGAGGCACUGGCAGGAAAAAGUGCCGUGUCUCAAGUUCGUAAGCAGAAGAAGUGCGCCGGGCAAGAAGUACCUAUCAUUUUUCGCUGGGGGCGGAUGUUACUCGAUGGUCGGUCGCCAGAGGGGGAGCGGACGACAGCAAAUAUCCAUCGGCAGUGGGUGCGGGACCUUGGGUGUGGUUGCUCAUGAAAUAGGCCACGCUUUGGGUUUCUGGCAUGAGCAGUCCCGCCCGGAUCGUGAUCGUUAUGUCCGAAUUAACUGGAGUAACAUCCAGUCAGGAAUGGCUUUCAAUUUCCAGAAGUACGACACGGGGAAGAUAAACAGUCGCCAAGUCAGCUAUGAUUAUUCAUCCUUAAUGCACUAUGGCCCCACCGCCUUCGCUAAUCGGAGAGGUUUACGCACAAUUGAGAGAACCGACGGCAAGGCUAGCCUUGGUCAGCGGUACGGACUAAGUGCUAAAGACGUCCUGCAAGCGAACCGUUUAUACUGCGGUAGUACCCCGCCUCAACCUACCCCUCCACCACCACGCCCUCCAACCCCGCCCCCUCCUGGAUGUCGCUACUCUGAUACUCACCGCUGGUGUCCAUACUGGAAGAAGCGAGGGUUCUGCUCACCUUCAAGUCCGUACAACGCCUACAUGAGCAGCAACUGCCAAAGGAGCUGCAAGUGUGCUGAGAGCGAGUGCAAGGACGAGUUCCGUGUGUGCGGGUCCUGGGCCCGACUCGGCCACUGCAACAGCCCAAGGUUUGGUACUUAUGUCAAGGUGUACUGCAAAGAGAGCUGCAGGGCAUGCUACUGAACAGCGGAGAACUACCAUUGGAACACGCGCAACCAGCCAUCCGAAGAAGCCUCGAUUCUUGUUCUGAAUGAUUUAGUUUCAUUGUUUUUUAUGAAGUUCGGUGAUUUUUAAAGAAAAUAAAGAAACUUUUUCAA